AUGCCUGUGCUGCCCACCGCGUCCCGUCUGUUCAGGAGCGCCCUCAGGGUCCGAACCGGUCCCGCAGCUCAGGUGGCGACUAAACCCGCCAAGGAGACCGUCACUGCAGGGGAGCAGGCCAUAGCCAUGAUUGUCCUGAACAUCACCAUCCUGGGUCCUUCAGGCUGGAUUCUGGCUCACCUGGAGGACUACAAGAAGAAGUAG